GGAAGAUGGUAUAUAAAUUUUAACAGAUACAUCCAUUCGAGGUCUUCAAUCCCAGACUUCAUUUUAUAGUCAAUUUUUACCACGAACAUCAUCUACUCUUAUCCCUCAAACCUUUAUUGAGGUUACCCUUCAAAGAGUUCAGACUCAACUCACUCAACUCGCUCAACAUGGCUACGCAGAAUGCCUGCAACACUAUUCCACCAGUGACCAAAAUUGACUACAAAACAAAAGGUACAUGGGAAACAAUUGCUGGAAUACCUGUAUAUGUUUCAGGAGCAUCUAAUCCCACAAACGCCCUUAUGGUCAUCUACGAUAUAUUUGGUACCGCACCUCAAACGCUACAAGGUGCCGAUUUGUUAGCCGCUGCUCUUGAACCAUUAAAUACCGUUGUUAUUGUCCCGGAUCUCUUUAAUGGGAAAAAAGCACAAGCGGAGUGGUUCAAGGAUCCAAGCGAGGAAGCCAAAGCCACCAAAGCCGCGUUUGUGGAAUCUGCAUAUGCUAUUGACAAAUGGGAAAAGCUUGUUGGGGAAGUUGUCGCCGAUUGUGGGGAGAAAUGGGAUGGCAUAAAGGCUUGGGCAUGCCUGGGGUUGUGCUGGGGUGGUAAAAUUUCCGCAGUCACUUCACAAAAAGAAACCCCAUGGACAGUGUCCGGUCAAGUUCAUCCAAGCCGAUUGACGAAGGAGGAUGCAGAGAAAAUCACAGUUCCACAUAUUGUGCUUGCCUCAAAUGGCGAGGAUGUCAAAGCUGUGCAAGAAUACAAAGGUGUUCUCGAAGCAGGGAACGGAGUCGUCGAGACCUAUUCAACCAUGCAUCAUGGAUGGAUGGGAGCUAGGGGUAACUUUGACAAUGAAGACAGUGCCAAGGAAUAUGUUAGAGGGUAUCAACAGUGCGCUGCAUUCUUUUCUGAGCACCUGAGGAAGUAGAUUUGUUGCUCGGAUGUGCUCACGAAUUUACGGUUGCGGUGAAACAUUGAAGUUGUCCCAGAAGCAGACUAGGAUCGCAGAUAUAUUUCCCUUAUAUACCGCAGCCGAUACGGUUGAUAAUUCCUAAGUAGGAGUCUCAGAGCUUGUGAUCCUGGAUUACUCAUCAACCGGUACCCUUGUUUCCAAGCUUUUGCUGUAUGCUUCGAUAUUCGUUAACUCUUUACGAAUGGCUUUACUUUGAAGGUAGAUAGCUUUGGAUGUACAGUGCCACAUGCACCGAAGAGCUAAUAAUCGUGCAUUUGCUUUACUAUGCGAUAAUCAUACGUGCUUCUUUCUGUCUUCAUCCCUCCUUGUUAUCUUCUUCAUCAUUGGUAUAAAUUUCCUCUAGUCUGACAUUUCCACCACA